AUUUUCAGGAAGCCUUUAUGAAGAAAUUCGGCUACAUUGAUGCUUCCGGUAACGCUUCUGUCGACGCUUUGUACACAGUAGAAGGAUUCAAGAAGGCUGUUCAGCAGAUGCAAAAAUUCGGUGGUCUACCUCAGACAGGCGAACUGGACGAGGCGACUCUCAAUUUAACCCGUGCUCCCAGAUGUGGAGUUCCCGACGUCAUCAAAUCUCGUCGAGCCAAGAGGUACAUCAUUGGCUCGGAUGCAUGGCGGAAAAAGAAGCUCACCUACUUUCUUGCAAAUUGGCCUGCGGAGUUGGAUUUCGAAGUGACCCGUUCCAAACUGAAGAAAGCUUUUCAACUGUGGUCUGAAGUGUCACCCCUUAGCUUUGUGCCUCGUGAGAGUAUGGAUGCUGACCUAAUUAUAGCUUUUGGUCGCGGACCUCACGGAGACGGUUACCCCUUCGACGGUCCAGGAAGUAUACUCGCUCAUGCUUUCUUUCCCUAUGAACAUGGAUCUUAUGGUGGUGACGUCCAUUUUGACGAUGACGAACCAUGGAUCGAUGGAUCAGUAUCUGACGACAGAGAUGGUGUUGACUUUUUUACCGUGCAUGAAAUAGGUCACAGUUUGGGUCUGGCUCAUUCAACUGUAUCAGGAUCCAUCAUGUUCCCGUACUACAAGGGUUACAAUCCUCAUAUGAGACUCGAUUAUGAUGACAUUGUAGCUAUGUAUUCCAUGUAUGUCUUAGAUGCGAAGUUUGAAGAUGAGGAGCUGUAUGGGUACACAGAUUCCUAUUAUCCGCGUACAGAGGACGCAUCUCAAUAUCCUGAAGAUACUGACGUUGUUACUGAAGAUGAUUCUUACCAUCCAACCGAUAGUGACACUUGGGAUGCACCAACAUAUGAUCCUCGUGAUAAUUACCCAUCUCAGCCAACGGACAGUGAUGAAAUCACACCUGGGUACGGAUCCCAUGAUGAUGAAGGGAUUACAGCUUCUCCGAGCGAAAGACCUUUCACAGAAAGUGUAGAUUCUACGAUUAGUUAUACAAUGAGUACAAGUCGAUCAAGAUUUUCAACCCAGGCGCCAACAAAAGCACCCAGACCUGCGACACCUAAUUUGUGCGAUGGUUCUAUCGAUGCUGCCUCACUUGUGAGGGGAGAGCUGUUCGUAUUUAAAGGCUCGCACACUUGGCGCUUCUCAGAUCGCAAUGAGAUCGCACCUGGGUAUCCAGUUCCUUUUCAUGUGUUUUUUAGAGGAUUUCCUUGGUCUGUUCGUUCUGUGGAUGCAAUAUACCAGAGGCCUCAUGACUAUCAAAUCGUCUUCUUCACUGGCCGAUAUUUCUGGGUUUUUGAUGGCAACCAGUUCACGCCUGAUAGUCCAUUCCCUUUGACUCAUUUGGGCUUGCCAUCUGAUCUAGAUAAGGUGGAUGCUGCACUGGUCUGGGCAAAAAAUGGAAAGACUUACUUUUUUAGUGGUAAUCUAUACUGGAAGUACGACGAAAAGGCUCAGCAGAUGGAACGGGGGUACCCACAGAGGAUGCAGAGGUGGAGAGGCCUCGUUUCAAAUCUUGAUGCAGCAUUCACAUGGAUAGAUGGUAAAACGUACUUUUUUAAAGGCAAGAAGUUUUGGCGCUUCAACAAUGCUAAUGUAAGUGUGGAUGCAAACUUUCCUCUACCUUCAGCCCCAUACUGGUUUGGGUGCUCUUCUUGAGUUAUUCGAAACUGGAAAAUGACGCGUUGAGACUCGUGAUUCUGUCUGAUUUGUUUUCAAUAAAAUGAUUCUGAAUUUCUGAUAAUGAGUAACGAACAGAUUCCUGCGUUUUUCAAAACUGAGCUGAACAGCAGGUGAAAAACAGGAGCUAUAAAACAGUAGACUAUUUAUUCAAAAUGAUAGCAAAUAACAGAUUUUUAAAAAAAAUAAAUAUUUUGUAACAUCUAAA